AUGAGUCAACCCGGCGCACGCAGAGCUUAUGGCCACCAUGGUGGUCAGAGCGGCGGCUCCACCAUAAAUCAGAAGGCCGCUCUCGCCUCGGCCUAUCAAGAGCUUGGCAAGGAGCUCGCCUCUUCCAAACUCAAGAUCGUCGGCAACUAUACCCUCCAGCGCCCCAUCGGCGAAGGCACCUUCGGUAAGGUCCGUCUCGGCCUUCACCGUCUUACCAACACUCGCGUCGCCAUCAAACAGAUACCCAAGGCUCACUCUGCCAGCCUCACCCGCGAGAUCCACCAUCACCGUCGUCUCCAUCAUCCCAAUGUCAUGCAGCUCUACGAGGUUAUCGCCACAGAACAGUACAUCUGGAUGGUCAGCGAAAUCUGCGCAGGCGGCGAACUCUACGACUAUCUGGUCGAGAAUCAAGUGCUUGCCGAACCCGAAGCUCGCCGCAUCUUUGGGCAACUUUGCCUCGCUGUCGCCUAUGUCCACAGCAAGGGCAUCGUCCAUCGCGAUCUUAAGCUCGAAAACAUUCUGCUAGAUGAGCGCUGCAACGUCAAGCUCGGCGACUUUGGCUUCACACGCGAGUUUGAACGCAACCGUCUCAUGGACACGUUUUGCGGUACCACGGGCUAUGCCUCGCCAGAGAUGCUUGCCGGAAAGAGGUAUACGGGCGAAGAGGUCGAUAUCUGGUCACUCGGUGUGAUUCUGUAUGCGCUUCUGUGCGGCGCUCUGCCGUUUGAUGACGACGACGAGGCCGUCAUGAAGCAAAAGAUCUUGCAGGGCGACUUUGACAUCCCCGAUUCCCUUUCUGAAGAGGCUCAAAGCCUCAUCACCUCCAUCCUGCAGCAAGACCCUACCAAACGCCCCAGCAUUCAGUCCAUUCUCUCUCACCCUUGGUUUUCAAAGAUGAUGGUUCACACUCCCAUGUCGACAGUAGAGGAAGAUGAGAACGCCACCGACUACUUCGCCAGCAAGCCUCCGGCCCAGGCUUCACCAACUUACCAGGCAGAGGUACCACGGCUUCCAUCAGAAGAGCCGCAGACCAACAUUGACACGGCCGAAAACCCAGAAACGGCGGCAGGGGGGGAUGUACAUCAAGGCCAUGAGUCUUCUGCAUCAGCCACUUCAGAGCAAAGCUACCAUUCGGCUCGCAGCGACAGCGAAUCGAGCGACCGUAGAUCUACCAACACCGACUUCACCGACCCAACCACCGCCGAUAGCCUCAGCCGCACCGACGAAGUGGCCGGAUUCGACGAUACUGUUGAUUCGAUCAAUCCUUCCUCCCAAACGCUUGCUCCGGCUACUUCGCAAACCGCAUCGCACGCGAGCAAGCACACGAUCAGCUUGCAUCGCAAUGAAUCUCAGACAACCAUCAGGCGAUUGGGAUCCAACGGCAGCGAUGCUUCUCUCGGUGGCAUUCCCCGACCGCCAACAAAGUCCACCUCCACAUCGCUUCCAACACACCAUGAGCUGCCGGCUGGAGCCGACGCCACGGCAGAAGACGCUCACGCUCCUUUGUAUCAGUCGGUCCCGCUAGCCAAGAGGGGUUCUCAGGGCUCGUCUCGCGGCCACCAUCGCACUCCAUCAAGGACCAAACGCCGCUCGCUCUCGUCUGGCGGCCUCUCGGAUCACCAUCCACCUCUGCUGGGUCGCAAGCCCGUCGACUACGUCUCGCAGCUCGCCGACCUGCAACCCGCCACUUUCUCUAGUAAUGUCGAGCAGAAUCUGCUCCACCAACUCAGCACGCUUGGUAUGGAUGUCGGUCAAAUGGUCCACAGCGUCGUUACCGACGCCUGCGAUGCUAGCGGUGCAACAUGGUGGAUGCUGCUGCGAAAGGCAAAGGACCGCCAAAGGGAGCAGCCUACCGUCAACUCACCCAUCAAUGAACCUGCUCCUCUUGCAGCCACGGCCCCCCUGCUUCCGAACAGUGCUGACCUGAGCGUGCCACCAGCGCCAGUCGACACGCAACCCCCGCCAGUCCCCUUUAAAGAUCCAGCGAGACGCUCCGAAGACAAGUCUCGGUCCAGGGAUCGAUCCACUUCGACUUUGACAGCCUUGACAUCCGAGCUUGCCAGCCUAGCAGAGGGAAGCAAUCGGCGUCUGCAGACCGUCGUCUCGCACGAGGAGCUCAACGUGUCAACUUUGCCCACCCUGCACGCUUCGACUUCCGAAAUCAUGAAGGAGUCGACGUCGACGCCAAAUCACCCUUCGCCCAUUCCGUCGUCUAGCUCCAUGCCUUUGGACCGCGUGGCUGUGUCGACCCCGCCGCCUCUCAACGGCCGAAGCGUGACGAGCACACCCGACUCUGCGACCGCCAGACCCAAAUCCCAGCAUCGUCACACCACUGCUGUCCCCAGCCCUUCGAAGCUGCAGCAGGUGGCGGCGAGUCUGAUAGGGAGCAGUCCGACUUCGGAAAUAUCAAAAACGCGUCGCUCUUCGCAGAUCGAUCGUCCCCGCAGUAACUCGCUCUCCGUCAAGCAAUUCGCACAAAGUGUCUUAGGCUCAAAGGACAAAGGGUUGGGUACACCACCGCCAGUGAUGCCACCGGACGAGGUGGUUGUGGCCGGUGAAGUGUUUCCCCUCGAACGAGCGAAGAGCCCGACCCUGUUCGGCCGCCGCACUACUGUCACGAAUGUCAAAGAAUCCAUGGUGGGCCGGCUUUCGAAUCCAUCGACACCCAAGAAGAGUGCCGUCGAAACAUCGGACAAGCCGCGGAAGAGCACAGGCAAGAAGAGCAGCGAAACCGAUCUCGACCGUGUCAAGGCGCUUGAACGCAGUGCCGAUUCCGCGUCGAGCUCUCCAUCGCGCUCUGCAACCGGACUUCAGCCAGGAUCAGUCUCCGCCGCCGAUUCUACACACGACAAGGUCGAUGGCGCCGUACCUUCCGCAUCGCAAGAUUCAUUCAGCACCAUGUCUGCUACGCCACAAGGGAGCGAAAAGAGCGGGACGCGUGGCAAAAGUGGUUCCUCGCUUUUGAAGACAGUGCGAACUUGGCUCGGAGGCAACGAAAAGCCAGCAAGAAAGUCCAAGGUCGACAAAAAGGGAAGCACAGCCUACCACGGUCUUGGUAUCGACGAUAGCAGCAUGACGAUAAGACCGCCUACCAGUACGCUCGGCACCUCUGGCAGCAUAUCGAGUCUCGCGAAUGGUACUCCCUCGCGGAAUGCCAGCAUGCGUCGAAGGUCGGCGCAAUAUCAUCAGAGCGCUGCGGUUCGACGUGGUGGACCGCGAAGCCCUCAUCUUGGCUCAGUCAGUCGAAGAUCGUCGAACGGCAGCUCGUACCAGCCUCAUCUAGAGCUUCCACCCAACAGCUUCCAGCAGAGCAUGAAUCGACCUGCGCACAUGAGGAGAAUGAGCGCAGGCAGCAUCACGCCCACCGCUACAUUGUACGGCGACCACAUCAAUGACUUGGGAGGUCCAGCGGCAGUGGUCUCUUCACGUCACAGUCGACCCUCGAGCUCUCAAUCUGUGGCGCAUUCCAGCGCCGCACCGCGCUCUGGAUUGCACGGCAAAGCGGGCUCGACGGGCAGCGCCAGCUCGAUCUAUCGUCACGGUCAAGCAGGCAGUACCUAUUCGACAGGAAGUGGACGAAGACAUCCACGACCAAGUCCGGACGGGGGCACCAUGGUGCGAAGACAUCGCACCUAUGCAUCGUCUACGGGCAGUCCGAGUCGUCACGGUUCGUUCCGUCAUGAGUCGCGGCCGUCGUCGAUCAAGUCUCGGGCCUCUUCGCCUGGCCGUGCCAUGACGGGCCUGAGCGAGUUUGGCGCCGACGCCGAAAUGGAUGCCGACGCCGGCGGUUCAGGCGCAAGGAGAUCAACGCGGAGUACGCCGCGCCAGUCUCUCGAGCUUCUCAGCCUGUCAGAACAUCGUUCAGAGGCACUUUUGCCACAGUCCCAUAACGAGCACCCGCACCAUCGGUCGCACCACCACCAGGUGGUGGCACAGAGCAUCUUUGUGGCUCACAAAUCGCGGUCGCCGUACCGUCCGCCUUCUGCCAAUCCGAACCUGCACGGAAGUCUUGUUCGCACCACAGCAUCGCAGUUGUCAGGACGAAGCAGUCUUCCGGGAACCUCCGACACGUCGGUUCACGUGACGUCCGGCGGCGCGACGGGACUGCCAGCGACGGGCACGGGCACGUGGCGAUACUCUUGGGGUCGGCCACCGCCGUGUUGGGCAGGCCCUGUCGAUCCGCCGCCUCCCAGUACGGAUGUUGCCUCCAAGAAUGCCGGAGAGAGCGGUGACGAGAUGGACGGCAGGCCCAAGCUGCGAGACGUGUUUGCCAAUCGAGAAGAUGACGACUGGACAGACGAGGAGGAAGAGCAGUCGUAUUCUGGUGGUCUCGGCCAGAUGGGUUCCCCCUCUUCCAUGUCGAGCACGCUGAACCGGGGCGAUCGGGUGGCUUCUUCGUCUCCGUACGCCACGCGCAACCUUGCAGCCCUGGGAGGCACGUUCUCGUCGAGUCAAGGCUCGACGAGUUACGAAUCGGCCUCCAACGCCUUCCGCGGAGCAGCGCCGUUCUCUACUCGCUAUGCGGGUGUUCGCAGCAUUUUCCAACAGCUUCCUCCUGCGGGAGGCGCCGCACCUGGGUUCGGAUCUCGCUCUCAUCACCAGCCCGUGUCGUUGAGCUUGGGGAACGAGUUUGCGCCGAAGCUGUUGUCGACUACGUUGCAUUCGCCAACCAAGGCGACGGCGAGUGCGGGGAUGGAUGGGUUAGUGGAGGGCAGUGCGGCGACGGGAGGAGGGGGCGAGGAAGCAGGCGAGAUGGCGGCGCAGGGUGGGUCGGGGCAGUCGCAGGCACAGGCACAGGCACAGGCACAGGCACAGGCACAGGCACAGUCGCAGCCGGGGCAGCAGCAACAGCAACAGCAGGCAGGUGGGAGUCGUAUUACCGCGUCUUUCCACAAACCUGCACAGAUUAUCGAGGAGGAGGAAGAAGAUGAAUGA